UCCAACUCUGGCUCGCGUCAUGAACAAGUGUCAUAUUUUUGAUAGGGAUUUUUUUUAUACUGGCGGUACAAAUAAGUGGAGUAAAUUUCGUGUAGGCUCAGAUAAAAUUGUUUUCUCGCCACGAACACGCAAAAUUGCAGACAAAUUCAUUUAUUUCCGCACAUUUUAUCAAGUACAAGUAUGAAAAGUCCGUGGAUAAGCAGCGUUUAGGUGUUUGUGGAUGUGAAGUAGGAAGGAUAAGAGAGAAAAAACGGGGACAAAACUAAAGAAGGAUGUAGCGGAUAGGAAGCUCCCUAGAAAAUUCUUGUGUGAACCACUUUUUCAGCCAGCUUACAACAGAUAAAAUCAAUCAAAUUUGGAUGAGGUAUUAGGGCACAAAUUCCCCAAAAAAGGAAAGAAAUCCAUUAAAUAACCAGAACGUUGGAAUAGAGAGAUCACUAUGGGAAAUUCAAGCACGAAGCUUGCGGAGAAAUGUUCACUGUUGACAAAGGAUGAAGUUCCACUUGUUGCCAGUUCCUUCAAAUUAGUCAGCAAAAAUUCCGAUCGAAUCAAGGAGGAUGACUUAAUGAAAUUUUGGGGCUCUCAGAUGGAUCCCCGCUUAGCUCAGUAUAUAACAAAUUUCCUGUUUGGUGCCCUUGGAUCGAGAUCAUCAGUUGUGGAGUUUCAGAAAUUUGCCGAAUUAUAUGUGUACUGCGUGAGGGGAUCGGUGGAUGAAAGAAUAUCUGUUUUAUUAACAUGUUUGGGUCAUUCAGGCUCUGAAUCUGCCGAUAUUGCUUAUCCGCUAAUCAAGGAAUAUGUGGAAGCUGUUGUUAGUAGCUACAUGAGAGCUUUGAGACUUGAGUGUGGUCCUCGAUUUAAGUCAUGGGAAUCCAAGGGGUUCCGAAUUAUAAAGGAGUGCAUUCAAAAAUUAGCCGAUAGCCUUGUGUACGAUGUAGUACAGCCUGGUACGCAGAAAGUCACAAGGGUCGAUGCUGAAAGAUGGCUUCAAUCAAAUCCAACCUUUCUGAAAAUGUUGGAACAUGUUUUUUCUCAUUUGUACAACUAUCGAAGUACCAAGAGUCCUCAGGAGGAGCCAGUAGCAGUACGUAAGUCCCUAGUCACUGAAUCAGCAUUGCUGCCAUACUGUGAAGGCCUGGAGUAUGUGCCUGAUUUUCCGGCCACAACGGACAUUACGCAAAUUCUCUAUAUCAAUUCCAAUUUGCCAACACAACAUCAGGAAAAGUGGCGUUUCCUCUUUUCAUCUCAAAUACAUGGCGAGAGUUUCUCCACACUUUUGGGCCGGAUAAUGGAUCAAGGUCCGACAGUAAUUAUUGUUGAAGAUACAAAUGGCUAUGUUUUUGGGGGAUUUGCUUCAGCAUCUUGGUGCUUGAGUGCCAAUUUUGCCGGAAACACCUCCACAUUCCUAUUUACUCUACGCCCCAAGAUGAGAUGCUUCGAGAGUACUACAUACAAUGAUCACUAUCAAUAUCUCAAUUUGCAUCAGCAAACAAUGCCCAAUGGAUUGGGAAUGGGUGGUCAGCACAAUUAUUGGGGAUUAUGGUUAGAUAGUGAAUACGGUUUUGGAGAAUGCUCAGAAUCCUGUACGACUUUCAAAGGAUACUCCCAGAUGAGUGCGAAUAAAAGAUUCAAAAUUCGAAAUGUAGAAGUGUGGGCAGUUGGCGAAAAACCUUCUACUGAAUCAGAUGAAGAGUCAUCACAGAAGAGUCCUGGUCGGUCAGUUCUACAGGGCAAUACAGAAACCAAGGCAAUUUUGGAAAUGGCGGGGAAAAGGCAAUAUUCCGAAGGUAUUCGUGAUGAAUUCUUUGAGUAAAUUCACAUUUUACUGUGAAAAUAGUGAGAUACCAGCCCUAUUUUUUAACAUAAGAAAAUCACUAAAAGACAUAUUUCUCGCAUUCAAUAAUCAAUUACAAAGUUUGCAUCGUUACUUCAAUGCGAGAGCAUAAUUCUAGUAAUUUAUUCAGUAAUUAUGAAGCGUAGCUAGUAUUUUGCUUUUUUAUUAAUUUUCUUGUACACAUAAUUUUGUGAGCUAAUACAAUCAAGUUAAGUGAUACCUAUAAUUGCUGAAAAUGUACUAAAAGUUUUUAAUUAGAUGAAUCGUAUAUAUAAUAGGUAAUUAUUUACACUGAAGGCGUAGUUUUAAUGAAUAAUGAGCCAUACCAAAGAACAAUGUAUCAUGUAUUUAGAUAAUAUAGAUAAAAUAUUA